GGGUCAGUGUUAUGCCGUCUAUUAAUAAUAACAGAGUCAAAACAGCCACAGCGAGGAGAAGAAGAAGAAGAAGGGGAACAUCCACAGCCCCAGUUCUCCUUUUUCUUAAUCUGCAGGGAUGAAACAAACAAUGUGACGUAACCCCGCUUCAACUUUCGACAAAAACGCUUUUUAGCCACCUUUUUAUUCGUCUUUUUUUACAGGUGCCAUUGUCUCGUUCACCUCUCACACUGCUGGCAGACAGUCACUGGCUUUACUCGGGGCACUUUAUUGCCGUCAUCCAUCUGCACGGGCGGCUGCAGCUUGUUGGUAAACACGAUCGGAUCCCGCCGACGAGGACUCCCUCUGGUGCAUUGAUGCACCCGUUUCAGUGGUGUAACGGGUGCUUCUGUGGUCUGGGACUGGUUUACUCCAACAAGUCGUGCACCAUGCCGCCCAUCACCUUCCAGGACCUGCCUCUCAACAUCUACAUGGUCAUCUUCGGGACAGGCAUCUUUGUCUUCAUCCUCAGCCUCGUCUUCUGCUGUUACUUUAUCAGCAAACUACGACACCAAGCCCAGAGUGAGCGGUUCGGAUACAGAGAGGUGGUUUUAAAAGGAGAUCCAAAAAAGUUGAAUCUUCAUGGGCAGACGUGCGCCGUGUGUCUGGAGGACUUCAAAGUGAAAGACGAGCUGGGAGUGUUGCCAUGCCAACAUGCUUUCCACAGGAAGUGUCUGGUAAAGUGGCUGGAGGUGCGCUGCGUCUGCCCCAUGUGCAACAAACCCAUAGCCGGCCCCCCUGAGCAGCACCACAGCAUAGGGACUCUUCUGGAUGAACUGGUGUAACCUCUCAACCCCUGCCAGCCUGGGUGGGACGCCGGCGCCCGGGCCAGACCAGCUGAUAUAAGUUUGCGACCGACAGGAACAUGGACCCUGUUUUGCUUAAAAACUCAGCGAAAAAACACCAACGUGAUGAUAGUAAGUUGGGGUAACCUAGUUACCACCCGGAGAAAGACUAUGAAGGAUGCUGUUGCCUAGCAACCACCUCAGAGACGGCAACACGACACCUUGUGGUGUCUGAGAGAUAAUCUCCAGCCACCUACACAUCACUUCACCUCUCUUCUUUCAACAUCCCCCUCUCCACACAUCUGUCACAUCUUCUCUUGCUGCCUCGAGUCAGGUUAAUGACACCACUGAAAAAGAGUUUCAUUUUUCACAGCGAUAUGGACAAAGUGAGUGUUGAAGGAUGACAACGCUGGGUAGGAGGCACUGAUCCGCCGAGCAUGUAUGAGUGUCACAAUGGUCACUGAUAUGAAAUAAUAUCAAUAUCGGCUGAGAUGAUCAAAACUCUUGCUAAAUUCUUUCAAGACAAGAAAUUUUGAGACAAAGCGACAGAGAAAAUGAUAUUUCAUCAUCCCCCAGCACAAGAACAUGAUGACAGGAGAUACACGGCUAAUAAUUCAUAAACAAUUUAUUUUUAAAGAACAGGCAGAAUAAGGGUUUUCAUGAAGGACAUAGAAAGGGUUCAUUAAAACUGCUUUAAAGGAAAUGAAAAGAAUAAAUAAAUUGAAGUCACACUGGUUAAAAAAAAUGGAAAAGAAGAAAUGUAGGCGUCAUCGGUGGGACCUUAAUUAUUCAUAUUAUCAGCUCAAACUAGUCCACAUGUAGCAAAUUAAUCAAACCAAUUGAUUAUUUUGCUGAUAUGUGCAACUGAUACUGAUGUGUAAAUUCCAUGUUGGUGCCCACCUCUACAGUGAUAUAAUGUAUGUUCUACGUGUUGUUUUGUUCAGACAUGUUUUUAUUGUGUUAAUAUAGAUUGAAGGAAAUGAUAUUUCCUGCCUUUCACUGUAACAGUUUGGUUAUUUGUUGAUUUUCUUUUUAGAUAUUGCACUUUAAAUUCACAAAAAAAUGAACAGCCUUUGUUCUUAUAAAUUGUUAAGACUAAGGUUUGGAUGCAGCACAGCUGGUCCCUUGUUUUCAGGUGUGGUGAAUUUUUUAUAAAAGUCUGUGAAGUAUCCGAGAUGCUGCUUCAGAAGGGGGAAGGGAAGCAGCGUAACAAAUCCUCGGUGUUGUUCUGUGAAUUCAUUUGGGAAGCAACAACAUCUCACUUUCAUACAUUUCUGUGGCAUUAUUGCUGGUGAUUCUGUUUUUACAUUCCUGGAUCGUGUUUUGUUUUGUGUGAUUUACAGCGAUUCAGAAAGCGAAACACUGCCUAAAAUUGAGCACAAAACUCACAAAGCACAUUGUCCAGAUACAGUAGGCACCUGCACUGUAAUUAAAAGCCAAACACACACAUGUGAGGCUGUUGAAGUCCGCGUGCCAAGAAAAGAAAAGAAAAUGUCGAAGAGAUUUGUUCACACUGAUUCUGGCCACAUUCCAUAUUUUGUAAUCCAAACAGAUGUAAAUAACUUGAAACAAUAAUAAAUACAGUUGUCUGUUUUGUUCA